UCCUGCUGCCCAGACAAAUUAAGCGACUGUGGAUGUUGCACGAGAAGUACAGCGUUACAUCAGACAAACUGUAUAUCGAAAUGACCUACUCUGAGCCAGCAGAACUCAUCGCGAGCCUGGCUUGCACCAGCCGAACAAUUAGGAGCUCCACAUUGACCCAUCUUUUCUGCACAAACCAUUGGCUUCACAAAUUCGACAUCAGUACUGCCAAAAUUUCCUUAUCCAACCGAAGCGCUUCUACUCAAGCAAUGAAUGACAUGGUGAGUUCCGCAGGCGCUCAAAUCGACGAGUAUCGCGUCUCCAAGAUGCGCGACCUUCAACGCAAUUGCACUCCCGCCGAGUCUAUCUUGCUUGAAAGCGUGUUGAACGAUGAAGUCGCUCCGUUCUGGGAUCAGCGUUGUGUACCAAGGCUGUUACGAUUCCACACUACCCUUAUCGAUACCGCUGCAGAACUUUGGGUGGCCAUGGAAGAGCAGUACAAUGUUCAUCACCUGUUCGACCUCGCAGAGUCGUGGCUCGAUGUCAACUGAAAUAUCGAAGCUUGGAAAGAUUGGU